GUUUACGACAAUGCCAUACAAGGCCAAGGGGCCGUGAGUCACUUGUGACAUAAAAAGCCUUAAAAACUGUGGGUGUGGUUUUGAACAGAAUUGGCACCGCACCGCUUUCUCGGUCUGUGUCCGUCGCUCAUCUCUUCUUCAACUUCACUGUUGCCUCGGAAACUUUUCUCUGGGACUUGUAGCUGAUCAGGCAUGAAGACUUAGUACUUUUCUGAUAUCUUCGUGCAAAUGGAGCCACAGGUCUCCUUAACUGGCAAGGCAUGCCUUGAUCUCAGUGAUGUUCAAAUGAAGGAUGUUGAUUGUUGUAGAACUACAACCCCAGAAAACCAUGAUGUAGCGCUGCCAGAAAGAAAGGAAACACGACAAUGGGCAGCUUGGACGCAUCAAGAGGAGGAAAGCUUCUUCACUGCACUACAGCAAGUUGGAAAGAAUUUUGAGAAGAUCACUUGUUGUGUCCAAAGUAAAAGCAAAGAACAGGUCAGACAUUAUUACUAUCGUCUUCUGAGGCGAAUGAACAAGUUGCUGGGUCCAGGGCUUUGUCUCGAUACCAAAAACUCUAAAGACACUAAUUCUGCUAUGCUUAGAUGGUGGUCUUUACUUGAAAAGUAUAGCUGUAAAGCCUCAAAACUUCACCUAAAGCCCCGAAGGUUCAAGAUAUUUAUAGAAACCUUGGAGCACCAACUAUUAAAAGACCGGAAAAAGGGCAAGAGGAAACGGCCUUCCCAGGGGAAAAACUGUUCUCAAAUAGUGCCAACAACCAUCUCAAAUCAGGGAAGAGGAUCUGGACAUGACAAUUGUACAAAUGCUGUCCUUAAUAAUCAAUCUGUUCAGAAAUUAGGACGUGGAAGAAGACCUACAAUGAGACGAAAUGUGAAUGUUGGAAUUAGUCGUAGCAACUGCAAGCGAGAUUCCUGCCCUCAGAAAACAGUGAAGAAGCGGCAAAAAUCAGUUGCUGGAUAUCCAGCAGCUACCAUCUCAACAUUUGAAUUUAAGAGGUGGGAGAAGGCUGCAAUUGCUGGAGUUUCAUUGGUUGCGGAUGCUGCUGAGCACUUGGAGCAGACAACUACUACAGAUGUUGAGCAUUUCCAGUUGACACUGGGGAAAAAGAGCGCCAAUCCUGUUCAGAAGGACAUUCCCAAUCCUGUUCAUAAGGACAUUCCCAAUCCUGUUCAUAAGGACAUUCCCAAUUCUGUUCAGGAGGACAUUCCCAAUCCUGUUCAGGACAUUCUUCCUCUGCCAGGUCCUUCGCCCAAUUCUUUGAUUGUGAAUAAUAUGCAAACUUCUAGUAAACUCAAGCUCCAGUUGUUCCCAAUUGAUGAAGGCACCCGAAGAGCCUUGGAAAUGGAUGAUCGUAAUCCCCAUCUGGAGCUCACAUUAAGUACUCGGAAGAAGAUAUCAUCAGUUAUAGAACAUCUCAAUCGCAAAUGGGGAAAUUCAAAUGCAGCAUCUGGAGAAUUGAUGCUUUUCCCUUACGGUGUUCAACGGGAAAAUCUGGUGGGUUGUUUGAGAUGGACUCGGGAAUGUCUUCUUAGUGCCGCAGAUGUGCAUGCACUUACUGGAAGCCUUCCAGUUUUACGCUUGAGGUAUGGUUGGUUUUCCGAUAUUGAUCUGGUGCCAGAAACAUCUCAACCUCCUUUGGCAUCAUCUGGCAUGGUUUGUGACAGUAAUAUGAAAAUCAAUACUAAAGUGCAUCAGAUUUGGCAUUCAGCGCUCAUACCUAUGCAACCCACAGAUUGCCACUCUGAUAACCUUAUGAAUCACUAUGAUGAAGAUCCACAGAUCUGUGGGGCAAAGAGCCCUCCUCUAGUACUCUGUUCCCCAGAGAUGCACUGUGAGAUCAUUAAGUGCACUGGUGUUGAUAUCAGCAAUAAUGAUCUGGAGUCUUCUGAUGGGGCAACUACUGUACUAUUAGCCAGAAAGGGGACUAGCACUAUAGCUAACUUGAUAGAAGGGGAUGAUAUGGAUAACCAAGGGUUAAGAAAUCAGAUUUCAUUUCCAGUUGGAGAAUGGACCGAUAGUCUUACCAAUGUUGGUGUAGGGGAUUUACUUUCCCAGGUGUCUCAUGAUAUGGUUACUGACCAUGUUGAUCCGCCUAUAAAUGGUAGUUCUCCAUGUCUUCUGCAAAACCCUUUUAGCUGUGAUUUGUUCGGUGCUGCGGUUACUGCUCAUGUAUGUAGAGAUCAAAUUGAAACUAGCUUUCAGCCAUCCCUUCAAUCUUCCAUCUGGGAUGCUGAAGAAACAUGCGAUGCCUUCUCAUUCCAGAAGAACUCUUUUGUCCAAGGGGUCUCGGGAUCAUCCAUCAUUGCUUCUUCAGAAGCCUGCAAGCAGGAGCUGCCUGAAUUAGAGGGGCCUGUGAGUGAAAAUACCUGUAAUGACGAGCCCACGGAUGAUAAUCCAGCUGAUGAUGUCAAUUCUGCCAAUGAAGAACUGAUGGAUGAAUGCCCAGCCGAUUUACCCAACCAGGAAAAUUCAGAGAAGGAUCUCUACGGGCUGGCAGAUAUAGAUUGGUUCGACUCUUUAGGCCCGUUAGACUUGGAUUUACGCUCCUCUGGGUAUCACGCAGAAAAUCUAUUGUCGAGCGAUAGUCUCAGCAGCUUGAACCGCCUGCUGGCUAGCAGCCUGGACUGUUUUCAGAAUUGUUCAUCUGCUGGAGUGGACAAGAAAGAAGUGGCGUCGUCAACACUUGAAGCUGGAGAAACUGUCCCCUCUUCAGAUUUGAAAGUAGGCAAUGGUGUUUAAUAUAUAUAAUAAUGCCAUUGUUGAUCUAAGAGAAGAUGUUUUUGGAGCAUGAGCUUUCUUGUAACUGUCUCCCAGUUUAGGCGAUUGGCGCAUGUGAAAGGGGCGUUUGGAAGCCAAGAAAAUUCUGGGAUUUUGGCCCAUCAGACAUGACGGCACUUUCUUCUCUACAAAAGAUGGAUAUGGAUAGCCUUGUUUAUAGAUCUUUAUCCGAGUGUUAAUAUGUUCGUUACAUAUUGUUUUUUUUUUUUUGGCUAGACAUAGAAAGUAAAUGAAAACAAAGGGGAAAAAAAAUAAAAAAUAAAACCGUUAUGAAAAACUUCAGUGGUCGUUUGACAGAGUUUUCAA